CAUCCUGCUCUGCAAUUACUCAGAUUUGUGAUGGAGUUUCACUCCUAUUAUUUGAACUUGUGUGUUUUUUUUAUGUUAAUCUUUUGUGGACCGUGCAGUGCAUCAGCUGAUUAUUAUUCCAAAACAUGCCCAAAAGCUCUCUCCAUUAUCAGUGCUGCAGUGUAUGGAGCAGUGGCCAAGGAAUCUCGCAUGGGAGCUUCUUUGCUGCGUCUCCAUUUCCAUGAUUGUUUCGUCAAUGGCUGUGAUGCUUCUAUACUACUCGACGACGAUGACGCUUCAAGUUUUACUGGAGAGAAGAGCGCAGGCCCCAAUGCAAAUUCCCUAAGAGGCUUUGAAGUGAUCGAUGGUAUUAAAGCUAAGCUGGAGACUGCCUGCCCCGGUGUUGUUUCUUGUGCGGAUAUUCUGGCAGUUUCUGCUCGGUAUUCUGUCGCUGCAUUAGGGGGCCCAACUUGGACAGUUCAAUUAGGCAGAAGAGACUCGACCACUGCAAGUUUCAGCAGUGCCAAUACGGACCUUGCUUCCCCACUAAUGAACCUCGAUGAACUUAUAUCCCUUUUCUCCAGAAAGGGUUUCAAUGCAAAAGAAAUGGUUGCUCUCUCAGGGUCACAUACCACGGGCCAAGCCAGGUGUUUGCUGUUUCGAAAUCGGAUUUACAAUGAGACGAACAUAGAUUCAACGUUUGCAAAAUCCAUUCAAUCGGACUGUCCAAGCUCAGGAGGCGGUGACAACCUCUCUCCGCUAGAUGAUGGCAGCGCAGUCAUUUUCGACAAUUCUUAUUUCAAGAACUUGGUCGAUAACAAGGGCCUUCUCCAUUCAGACCAACAGCUCUUCAACGGCGGCUCCACCGACUCUCAGGUCACUACAUACAGCAACAAUCCCAUCACUUUUAAAGCCGACUUUGCUGAUGCUAUGGUGAAAAUGGGGAACAUGAGCCUAUUGACUGGAACCGCCGGCCAAAUUCGCACUAAUUGCAGGAAAGUGAACUGAUUGAGCCAAUAAUUAUCACAAUCUGCUACGGGUAAUGGCCAUUAGCACUUGCUAUAUAUGGUGAAUUGCUAGCUUCUAAAUUCCUUCUCUCUUUUCCCCCCAUUGUAUUUCCGUUUAUAUGACCAGCUAAAGUUGCCUAUGCUUGGUUCACAUGCAAACCUUAUGAAAUAAAU